GACUUAGUUUUGACAUUUGACGCUCAUGCAAUUUUUCAGCAACCAAAAUAAUUUCUCAAAGUUGUUUCACUGCAAUAAUCUAUCUGAUAUCUUUAAUGAAAACAGAGAAUGUAACAUGUUUUGUUUUGUAAAUCCAGCCAUCAGUUCAACUCCACCAUCUAUUACGACAUAUAAAACAAACAGCUAAAAAGUAUUAAGGUAACCUACCUAAAUUUGAUAUUUUGCACUGUCAGCUGUUCACUUGGAAUCCAUAAUUCAGGAUAUCCACAAAAAUGACCCAGUCCAUGGAAUUGGAAGCAAACAGCGAAGAUGAUGAGAACCCGCAAGAAUCUGACAGCGACACCAAAAGGGACGACAUAAUCAACUUCCUCACCUACAAUAAUGACAUCUGCUUCAAGCCCCAACAGCGAUGGGACCCCGAUCUAACCAAAAAAGAAAAGUUCGAGAUAGCUCUCAAACUAUUCAAAGACAACAAACUCAACUUCCUCGUCAAAUUCGGGAAGUACCUCAAAGAAGAUCAGCUGGAUUAUUUCUAUAGGUUCACUCAAAUAUGCCAACCGGAUUUCCAAGAAAUAAAAGUUGUGCUAACAGAGCUCCAAAAGGAAUUUAAAUCGGGCCAUCAGUCGACGCAAGUCAAAAACCGAAGAUAUGAAGCACUAAAGCACAUGGUUGAAGAAAACUCGUACUUUUCGGAAAUCGAAAUGAUGAAAAGGAACCCCUUGCUCUACGAGCAACUAGUGGGGCAAUAUCUUACCACAGAAGAAGUCAAAGAGAGAGAUAAAUACAAAUCAGGCGAGGAAGCCACUUUGGUUAAAAUACUGAUGGAGGGUAUAGAGAGAGACAAUGCCGAGAAAGCUAGGAAAGAACAAGAAGAAAAAGAAGACGGACAAAUGGAGGAAGAGGAGGAUAAUGAUAGUGAUGGCAACACUAACAGCUCUUCUGAUGAAGAAGAAGCUACAAACAUCCCUACCACCUCGAGAUGGGGCGAGUUCGAGCAAGAUAAAGCUUAUAGACCGAAACCCAAAAGAAAAAACCCCUUUAUGACACCCCAAGAACGGAUAAUGCUGAAGGAAGAAUUCAUCACCACGAUGUAUCAGAAUUUUUUAGACGGUAAAGACGAAGAUUUCGACUACGAUACUGUUGAUACUAAUACUUCGUAUGAUAAUAUCGAUGAGAUGGAUCAGGAUGCUGAGGAAAAGUAUUUUGAUGCUGAUGAUGUCGAGGAAAAUGGGGGUGAAUUGGGUGGUACGGAGAGUUCAGAGGACGAGCUGGAUAUUUAUAUGAAUGCUUUGAGACAGAAUCCUGUUGUGACUGAAUUAUCUCAUGAUCUGAAAAAGUUAUAGAAUAAAAUUGAGAACGGAAUUCAAGGAUCGGUUAUUUUGUUCCCAACCUCCCUCCACAUGUGUUUAGUGAAAUGA